AUGCGGAGAUCAGCUGCAAAGUCCAUAUGGAGCGCUCCAUGCUCCACCAGGUCGAGCUGUGUAUCCAGAAUACACAGCGUUGAGCCAAUUGGACGGAGACCGGUCUCAAUCAACGCCGCGCCUGCAUCUUCCUCGCCGAGCUUCGAGCUCGAUCCAGCGCCGCAGCCUACCGCUUCGCCCGGCUCUUCUACUUCCCCCGAUGCACGCUUCGAAGUCAUCGGAUCGCCAUACUCCCUCCUCUCCGUCUCGCUUUCCGCUUCUCAGAACCUGUAUACCCGGCGCGGCACCCUAGUAGGCCUCAGUGGAAAAGCAGAAAAUGCUGUUUCCACCCUCUCCAUCCUCGAACCCUUCCGCCGCGCCCUAGUCGGCAUACCCUUCCUGUACCAGCGAAUAUCGUCUACGACACCUGUUACAGCCCUCAUCUCCUCCAAAUCGCCCAUAACUUCCUUCGCCGUUGUGCACCUCGAUGGCAGAUUAGAUUGGAUAGUCGCGCAGAGGUCGGCGCUGCUGGCGUGGACAGGGCACGCACUGUCCGUCAAGCCAAGAAUCAACACUAGCAUGAGUUUAGCACAUUGGGGUAACUCCCAAGUCACAGGCAGGGGUCUACUGGGAUUGGUCGGCACAGGCCAGAUCUACCAGAUACAUUUGAAGUCCGGAGAAGAAUAUGUUGUACAUCCCAGUAACGUCGUCGCAUACACAAUGACCCAACACCCACCUCAACCCUACCGCUUCAAGUCCGCCCUCCGCCUCCAGAUACCAGGCUUCAGGCUCGGCGCACUAGUACCGGAUACGAAGUUCUUCAGGGAGAUGGCAAGGACUGGAACUUGGCAGGCCAUUAGCAAUUUCUUCUUCACAAUACGAACAUGGGCAAGGAGAAGUAUAUGGGGCGAUCGGCUUUUCCUCCAGUUCCACGGCCCCUCGACCAUUCUCCUCCAGUCUCGUGGCUCGCGCCUAAGCGAUUCCCUAAGCCGUCGGGAUGUGGCUGAGAUUGCGGAUGCGCCUGCGGGAGCGGCAGACGAAGCUGUCACGCUAAGCAUGAGGAAGGAGAGCGGGCAUGGGAGUUCCAUGAGUGGAUCAGCACCAGCGAAUGAGCAGAAGACAAGGGUAUCCUAUGCUACGGUGGAGAGCGGCAAGGUGGACUUUAAAAGCUCCUGA